AAGUUGACGUUUGUAGUUUUUGUGUCCGGAAGGCUGAGGUUCUGGUGUUGCUGAUUCUGCCCUGAAAGAUCCCGUUUGAGUCACAUUUUGUCGUGUCUUUGUGGUCCCUAGAAAGUGAAACAGCGUUUUCAUCCACGUAUCACAAUGGGAACUCGGUCGUCUAUGCUCCAAGAGGAAGAAAUUACGGAAAUCCAGAAAGAGACUGGGUUCUCAAACAAUCAGAUUGUACGCCUCUACAGCAGAUUCACCAACUUGGAUAAGAGUGACCAAGGUUUUUUACGGAGAGCAGACUUUUUGCGGAUACCUGAGCUGGCGAUCAAUCCUUUAGGUGACAGAAUAGUUCAUGCUUUUUUCCAAGAGAGCAAUUCUGACACCGUGAACUUUCGCCAGUUUAUGCGGGUGCUGGCACACUUCAGGCCUGUGAAAAAGAACGUGCAGAAAAAUAAGCUGAAUGACAGGGAGGAAAAGCUUAAAUUUGCGUUCAAGAUGUAUGAUCUGGAUGGGGACGACAUGAUUUCACGUGAUGAGCUGCUCAAUGUGCUUCAUAUGAUGGUCGGAGCCAACAUCUCGGACGAGCAGCUGGGCAGCAUUGCAGACCGCACAAUUCUGGAAGUGGAUCUGGACAAGGACGAGAACAUUUCCUUUGAUGAAUUUGUGAAGGCAAUGGAGAGAGUGGAUGUGGAGCAGAAGAUGAGCAUUCGGUUCUUGAACUGAACCUAGUCUGCACAGACAGACAGGCAGACAUACACACUUUCUCUACCAGCAGUAUCUGUGAUGAUCACCUCUGUUCAAUUUGCGGACAUGGCUUCUCUCUCCUUUAACAACUUUAUCAUAAAUGAAUUUUUUUUUGGGUUUUUUCCAGGGGGUGCUUGUUUUCAAUAGGAAAAUAGUCUCAAAAUCAAAAUGACAAAUUGAAAAUGAUUGCUCAUCAAACCAUUAUUGUCAGGGUACCGAACAUGGACAUGAUUGUGCCCAUUCCAUUCUGCCAUCAAGUAUAUUUUGAGUUACAAGGAAGUGUUAUACGUUUGAUCUCAAUCUUUUGUGUUUAUUGAACUGGCUUUUGCAUUAUGUUAUGGUAUGGAUAUUUCUCGAUUGUUCCUAUCAUUGUGAGGAAGAAGCACAAAAAAAAAAAAGUGCAAAUUGCAGCUGAAAAAUAAUUGUUCAUCAUUUAAAUGUAGAUUAACCUCAGGUCUUUUUAGUGUUGUCUCAUGUAAAAAAAAGUCACAUUUUAUGCUUCACAUUGUACUGACUGUAUAGGAAAACCUCAGUGAUAUUUUCAAUUCCAGAAACUGUGAUAGUUACUGUGCAUGUAGUGGUUAGGUAAAGAUUGCUCUAUCAGGAUAAUUGAAAAGACUAGGUACACAAGGACUUGUAAGCUGUGCUAAAAGAAGUUGGUCAAUUGGUAUGUGGUUUUUGUGGUUGGUUCUCGAAUUCCCCCCCUCAAGAAAAAAGGUGGAAGCUGGGAAACUGAUCAACAAGAGCCCAGAGAGUGGUGCCCCUUGAAAUCUGCUGAGAAUCCUGGUCAUUUUUAGUUUUAGUCUCCCAAUCACUGGGUUCUGUGGUGGAUAUCGCUAUGCUAUUCCAUUGGGUACAUGUAGUUAAAGAAAGAAAUUUGUAUUCGACCCCCCCCAAAAAAGCCUUUCUCUAAGACAAACAUUCUUUGAAGUAGAGAACUUUGCCUUGAAUCUUUCUGAUCAUACUGAGGUCAGUUGCAGCUACAAACAUAAUUAAUUGAUGACCAGGCUAACUGGUAAAAAAAAACUGGUGCUAUGAUGAUGAAUGUGGUGCUUGAUCCUCUACAUGAUGACCUUUCAUCAGGUGUAGUAACUGGGUCAGUUAGUUCUAUUUUAAUUUUAACUAAAAACCAAAAGGACAUGACGUGUUUUGAUUUGCACAUUUGGCCCCCAUCAUUCUGUUGAGUUCUGUUCUCUCAGACUAAGAGAGUAAUAUUUUUCUUGCUCCAGUUUACCAACGAUAGCCUCUGCAAUAUUCCGGUUGUGCUUUAAGCUGACAGAACGCCUUUUAAAAAAUAUUCACAGCAGUUUCGAGAAAAAGUUUUAUUUUGUUCAGUGUAACCAUUGAAAAAUAGAGUGCAUCCGAAAUUUGAAUUAUAAUUUAUUAAUAAACUAGUCUCAGUUUCACUUUGAUUUUUUCUCACUAAUAGGGUGAUCAGCCUUUCGAUUUAGCAAAUAAAAAAUUAGGUGCCAAAAUGAAAGAAACGCAUUUUGUCAGCUUACGGCAAAAUUGUGAACGAAAGGUUUUCUUUCUCUGAGCCACUGUGUGACAGUCUGCAGCGUGUGUUGUUGUAUUUUUUUUUUAACAGCUUGCUGUACUUAAGGCUGUCAUUCCGUAUAUAUAUCUCAUGAGAUAUCUCCGUGAUUUUUUGGCUCAUAAAAAUGGGUUCGUUCCUUUCUUGGUUACCGGUUUGUCUUUUUCAUAACUCUCAUGAAAUCACACACAUGUUCAUGACCCAAAGGCAUUUAUUAUUUGCAGUUUAUUAUUAUGUUUUCAUUGUUGAGAUCACAGGAUUUAAAUUAAAUUUAAAAGAACAGUUUUAGUGUGCCAUUUCACUUGGCAUUUUGUAACACCAUCUGGCUUAACACAGAUAUAAGGGAAAUACACUAUUAGAAGGUAGGCCUACUUCUAUCUAUCUUUAGUAUGCAGAAUUUUCUUUUAGCUGGUUUUCAAGAACAGGAAGAGUCUGGCAGUUUUUCCCCACACAUACAAUGACUUUUGAAUCAUGUCAUCCCUAACUUGUUACUCUUGUAGUCAAAUGCUUGAAACCACGAGUUAUAGAAAUUCUAUCAUUUGCCAAUUCUAGGCUCUGUUGGACAAAACUGUGUCAAGUCUUGAGGGUAUGAAAGCUUGCAGUGUGAAGGAAUUAUCCUUUUUCUUAACUCUUAUUGAGUGACGUUUUCCCAUCUUAUUUUUCGCUUGUAUCUGCCUUGUCCUUGUAUCAAUUUCAUGAUUGUACUUUUUUUUUUUGUAGUGCUUUUCAGCUUUUGAUAUUCAGAAUUUUGAUUAAAAGGGUGUUGAUGAUGUAACAUAUUGAACAUUUCACUAUCUGUACGAUUGUGAUUCAAUUUUUUAUUAUAUCAUUAUUUGUACCAUGUUUAUCCAAUGAUUAAAAUGAUGUAUUUGAAUGCAUUUAUUAAAAUUGCCCUUCGUUUUUUCGCUGUGCAAGUGAUGAUCUUCCUCCACUUUGUUCCUGUCCAGAUGAUACUGUAUAUCGACGAAUUGUCAGUCAGUACGUAAAAUUGCCUUGCUGAAAAAAGACUUGUCCCUGAUUCAUGUUUCAAAGAGAUUUUAAAAAUCUUUUGAGUGAACCAGAAGAUGGCAGUCUUAGUAGAAUAUUCAAUUUAUCCAGAGCAUUUCCAACCCCUGAUUUGUGGGCCUGGUUUGCAGAUUGAAGCACACUAAAUUGUGUUGAUGGGGUCGCCACACAUUUCAAUGAAGCCCCUCAAGAGUAGAGCUAGGGAUCAGGACUAAUGUAUUUGAUUUUAAUUUUAUAAAAUUUUAUGUAGUGGUUUAGAUGGACUAAGAUAUUAAAACUAUACAACAAGCAA